UAAAAGUAUACGGAGAGGGCGCUUGUUGAUUUCCAAUCAGCAAAAAUGGCUGCGAGCAUGUGCAAGAUUCAUCGUCAGAUCUUUAGGCAGCUAACUCAUAUACAAACAUAUAAUGUUGCCUCAGCUGCAAGUGGUGGUAAAGUUUGGCUACCACAUUCACAACAUGGCAACCCUAUACUGGAUAGACAUCCGCAUCAGAUAAGAACAUAUUCAAAUGAGUCUGGAAAGAGGAGUUUUAUAGGACAGUUUAUUGACAAUCUUAAGUCAGAAAUGAGCAAAAAUAAGGAAAUGAAGGAAAACAUCAAGAAAUUUAGAGAAGAGGCGGAAAAACUAGAACAGUCGGAUGCUUUAAAAGCAGCUAGAGAAAAAUAUGAUGAACUAGAAACAGAAACAAGUAAAAGCGGUGAAAUGCUACGAAAAACUUAUUCUGAAAUUAAAGAUAAAGUAGGACAGAGCGUUGAGGAAAUGCAGAAACAAGAAUGGGUCAAGAAGGGAAUUGAUACAGCUGAUGGUAUCUCAAAGACAGCUAAAGGAGCAGCCCAAAGGGUAACCAAAUCAGGUGAAGAUUUAGUCAAGUCAAAAACUUUCCAGUCAAUAUCAGAGGGUGUUAAAGCAGUGAAGCAUGAACUUGAUGAGAGCACUACAGCAAAGGCUCGAGCAUACAAAGCACCAGUAAAACUUAGGAAGAGAACAGAACAUAUGGUUAAUAAAUCACAAAGUGAUAAGCAGAUAGAAAUUAACGAGGAUGACACAGGCAUGGUAUUACACAAAGACUCAAAGUUUUAUGAACAAUGGAAGAAUUUUACUGAAAACAAUCAAGUGUUCACCAAAAUUCUUGAUUGGAAAGUUAAGUAUGAUGAGAGUGAAAAUAUGAUGGUGAGAGCUACAAGAUCAGUUACAGACAGAGUUAGUAAUUUACUAGGUAAGUUCACUCCAACUGAAACUUCAGAAGUAUUAACAGAAAUUAUCAAAAUUGAUCCGUCAUUCAGCAAGGAAAAGUUUUUAAAUAUGUGUGAAGAAGAAAUUAUUCCAAAUGUUUUAGAGGCAAUGAUACGAGGUGAUCUAGAAAUUCUUAAGGAUUGGUGCUAUGAAGCUCCUUACAGCCAGUUAGCAACACCCAUCCAGCAGGCAAAGGCAAUGGGGUAUAAAUUUGACUCAAGAAUACUUGAUGUUGACAGUCUAGAUAUCGCAAUGGGCAAGAUGAUGGAGCAGGGACCAGUCCUUGUGAUCACAUUCCAGGCUCAGCAGAUUAUGGUGGUAAAGAACAUGAAGGAUGAAAUCAUCGAAGGAGACCCUGAGAAAGUGAUGCGAGUAACUUAUGUGUGGGUAUUAUGUCGAGAUCAGGAGGUGCUUGAUCCAAGUGCGGCAUGGAAGGUCCUUGACUUGUCAGCAAACUCUGCCCAACAGUGGGUUUAAUGUUACCAUUUCCCACACUUGCACUCAAAGAGUGCAAACUAUCUAUCCACACCUAAGUAUAUCUUUAUGAUAAAUCAACUGAUGUCAUCAGCGUAAAAUUUUACCUACACCAUCCUCUGGGUGACUAAAAUGAAGAGCAGUCAUCAGCCAGGAAAUGGGAUUGGAUGGCAAUGCCUGGAUCUCCUGUCAUGCCAGUUCGAGUGGAUACAUUAGAGUGAACUGUAACAAAUGCAAAUUUAUCCAAAAGGAACAAUUAGAUCAUUAUUUGUCGCACUCAUGCUUGUAUUUUUAGAGUGAAACUGUACUUUGUGAGACUUUUGUUUGUUUUAAAUGCAAAAAUGCUCUGUGCACAAAAGUUCUGGAAUGUUUUUCGUACUUUUGAUAAUUAUUCCAUAUUUAAAUUACAGUCUUGGCAAAUCAAUUUGUGUUGAACCUAACUGGCGGCAAUUUGUGUUAAUAUAGAGUUAUGAUAAUUGUUUAGUUACUGUACCAGUUGGUUUAAUUAAAUACAAAACAUUACUGUACAUCAAAUAUGUGAAUGGCUAAGAUGGGCGUGGAUCGACGGGGGAUGGUUUAUAGGAGGGACAUCAUAUCAAUUUUCCCCUACUAUUCACCAUUUGUCUGUAGUAAAAAAUCCACUUAAAGCAAGUAGAAAGAACAACAAUUACGAAUGACUAAUAUAAGAUAAAUAUUAUUUUUAUGAACGUUAGUUAUAAUUAAUUGUAAAUUGUUAACUUUAAAAUCAAUUAAAUACGACUAAAAAAGGCAUAGGCUUUUCCCCCGGAACCCACUGGGGCUUUCCCCUGGCUCCCAUUUACCAAUUUUCCUCACCCCACUUUCAAGCACGGAAAAAAGGCUAGCACCCUGAGUAAUUCGUACAUAACUCCCACAAGCUGUAGUUCACAAAAGUUCACAAAAAAUUGACCUGAUUCCCGAUAUUAUAUGUGGUACAACUGAUUUUGUUUUUAAGACACAAAAUGGGUGUUUGACAAAAAAAAAAAACCAGCAUUUUUUCCAACAUAAAAAUUUUUUUUUUCCUCCGGAACCUGCCUUUAAUACACUGAUGACAUAAAUAAUUUUUCAGUGUUUUUUUAAUUAUCGUUAGGCUAUUUACAGUAUGAGAAGGCGGUUCAAUAUGUCAUUCAACAAGGUGCCUGUUGAUAAUUGCAUAUUCACUCGCUGAUUAAUUGAAUAAUACUGUACACAAAUUUCAAGUUUGGAGAAAAGCAGGUAGAAAAUUAUUUUGUUGAAGUAGACCAAUCACCAUGCAUAUACAGUGUCAUAUCUGGGGUAUUAACAUGGGUUGUUUGUUGAUGAAAGUAAUAGUACUCUAGCUCAGGAAUGAGACAAUGUGAGGUGAUUACAACUACUUAAGUGUAAAUUUUCUGCAGUGGAAUCUUUUGAUAUGCCUCUGUGAAUAGACCGACCCUUGCUUGUUACAUAAUUUGCUGUAUUCAGUGAAAACAUUCACAGAAUCACAACAGGUGUGCCGGACAUGAUGAUAAUGAGGGAAGAGUAGGUAUAAAAAUGUAAUAAUGAAAUUUAGUUACAUUUUUAUGCUUUUUGUGGGUAGGUCCUUCUAAGUGGGCAACAUAGCAACCACAACUAGCUUUACUAAAAGGCUAUUGCUUGUUAAUGAUGCCUUCUUUAUGUACUGAUAGAUAUAAUGAAUAAAUUUUAUGAUAUUUAAAAAACAA